AUGGCCCCUGGGCACCCCGACCCGGACCCCACUGGGCUGCCGGCCCCUGCCUGUGCCUCUGUCCUUGUGGUGCUUGGCUCCUUCCCCGCAGCGGCAGCCCGGGCGCUGCCUGCACAGCCCGGGCUCUCCGGGGAGCACGGGGAAGCGAGUCCAGCGCUGCCCAGCACCGGCUCCGGCACCGCGCACACCUCGAACCUCACCACAGGCUUCAGCCGGAGCUGCCGGGGAGGCUCGGCAGGGAGCCCGGCCCCCCCUGCUCUGCCCCCAGAGUGCCCCCCCCUGGGGCUGGAGUCCCUGCGGGUGCUGGACUCCCAGCUCCGAGCCUCCAGCGACAAGCGCUACGGCCUGGGCGCCCACCGCGGGCGCCUCAACAUCCAGUCCGGGCUCUACGACGGCGACUUCUACGACGGCGGCUGGUGCGCGGGGCAGGAGGACACGGAGCAGUGGCUGGAGGUGGAUGCCCGCGGGCUCACCAACUUCACCGGCGUCAUCACCCAGGGGCUCAACUCCAUCUGGACGUACGACUGGGUGACGUCCUACAAAGUCCAGGUCAGCAACGACACACGCACAUGGGAGCCGUGCCGCAACGGCACCGAGGAGGCGAUCUUCCCUGGGAACAAGGACCCCGAGACGCCGGUGCUCAACCUGCUGCCCUCGCCGGUGGUGGCACGCUACCUGCGCAUCAACCCCCAGACCUGGUUCCCGAAUGGCACCAUCUGCCUGCGGGCAGAGGUCCUGGGCUGCCCGCUGCCAGACCCGAACAACAUCCACUCCUGGCACAGCCAGCCCCUGCCCACCGACAAGCUGGAUUUCCGCCAUCACAACUACAAGGAGAUGAGAAAGCUGAUGAAGCGGGUGAAUGAUGAGUGCCCCGACAUCACCCGCGUCUACAGCAUCGGGAAGAGCUACCUGGGCCUCAAGAUGUACGUCAUGGAGAUCUCCGACAACCCCGGGCAGCACGAAGUGGGCGAGCCGGAGUUCCGCUACGUGGCGGGGAUGCACGGCAAUGAGGUGCUGGGCCGGGAGCUGCUGCUCAACCUGAUGGAGUACCUGUGCCGGGAGUUUCGGCUGGGCAACCCCCGCGUGGUGCAACUGGUCACCGAGACCCGCAUCCACCUCCUGCCCUCCAUGAACCCCGACGGCUACGAGACCGCCUACAAGCUGGGCUCGGAGCUGUCGGGCUGGGCCAUGGGCCGCUGGACCUACGAGGGCAUCGACCUCAACCACAACUUUGCCGACCUCAACACAGCGCUGUGGGACGCCGAGGACAACGACCUGGUGCCCCACGAGUUCCCCAACCACUACAUCCCCAUCCCCGAGUACUACACCUUCGCCAACGCCACGGUGGCCCCCGAGACGCGGGCGGUGAUCGACUGGAUGCAGCGGUACCCCUUCGUGCUGAGCGCCAACCUGCACGGCGGGGAGCUGGUGGUCACCUACCCCUUCGACAUGACCCGCACCUACUGGAAGGCGCAGGAGCUGAACCCCACCGUGCACCGCGGGAUUAAGGGGGUGGUUCGGGACAGAGACACGGAGCAGGGCAUCGCCAACGCCAUCAUCUCUGUGGACGGCAUCAACCAUGACAUCCGGACGGCCUUCGACGGGGACUACUGGCGGCGGGCCCCUGGGGUGCGAGGGGGUGUCUGCGGGUGGGUUGGGGUGCUCUGUGGGAUGGGAGGUCCGUGGGGCUGGGGGCAGCCGCUGCCCUGCCCGCACCGGCCCAGCGCCCGCGGGACCCCCAAGCCGGCCCCAGCGGUGGGGGGCGCUUACCGGGGCUGA